AUGGUCAUCAAGUCGAUAUUGAUCUCCAUCCUCGUCGCCUUCGCUCUCCCCGAUACCUUCGAGACGGCCAAGUUCCUCAACGAGGAAGACAAGAAGCUCUGCCGCGUCCGGGCCGAGAUCAACCAGCGAUACAACGGAAAGCCGGACUUCGACUGGAAGGAUGUCAAGAAGGCCCUCGCCGACUUCAAACUCGAAACCAAGAGUCAUUGGUCAAGCUCGAAACCGAGACAGACACAGAGCAAGUCAUAUGAAGAGUCUAGAUAA